AUGUCUCACCAAACUGGAAUUAUUGCAACAUCUGAGCUGAAAGAUUUUUUGGCCCGAGCGAGGGGAGGUGCCAUCAGAAUCCUGAAGAUUAUUAUCAGAAACGAGGAAUUGGUGCUACAUUCAUACAAAGAGCCAGCCCGGAGCUGGGACAAGGAUUAUGACCAGUUCCUGCUUCCUUUGCUCACGCCUCUGGAGCCUUGCUACAUCCUCUACCGCCUGGACUCCAAGAACGCGCAGGGUUAUGAGUGGAUCUUCAUCGCAUGGUCACCUGACCAAUCACCAGUGAGGCAGAAGAUGGUGUAUGCAGCGACUCGUGCCACACUGAAGAAAGAGUUUGGAGGAGGUCACAUCAAAGACGAAGUAUUUGGGACGGUGGAGGAAGACGUGUGUUUCCAGGGAUACCUUCGCCACAGGUCCUCCUGCUCCUCCCCAGCUCCUCUCACAGCAGCUGAGCAGGAGUUACAACGAAUUAAAAUCACAGAGGUAACAAUGGAGUUUGGCUUGGACAAACGGGCACAGACUCUUCAUGGUCUUGCGUUUCCUUUACAAGAAGAGGCCAAACGAGCUCUGCAGCAACUCAAGCAUAAACGCAUCAACUACAUCCAGCUGAGGCUGGAUGUAGACAGAGAGACCAUCGAGCUGGUUCACACUAAACCUACAGAAAUCCACGAACUUCCCUACAGGAUUCCCACAGAUUCACCUAGAUACCACUUUUUCAUCUUCAAACAUUCCCAUCAGGGCCAGCAGGAGGAAGCUCUGGUGUUUAUAUACUCGAUGCCUGGGUACACCUGUAGCAUCAAGGAGCGGAUGUUAUACUCCAGCUGUAAGAACAGGCUACUGGACGAGGUGGAGAGAGACUACCAGCUGGAAGUCACUAAAAAGAUGGAGAUAGACAGUGGUGAUGGUCUGACAGAAGACUUCCUGUAUGAGGAGGUGCACCCCAUGGAGCACACUUUAAAGCAGGCAUUUGUCAAGCCCCGUGGCCCGGGAGGGAAAAGGGGCAACAAACGCCUCAUCAAGGGUGCUGGAGAAAACGGGGAAGAAAAUUAG